UUAAUAUGGGUUAGGCAACUGCUUUGAAAUUAAUGGAGCUGAGGAAAAUACAAUGGCUGCUUUAUCAAAACUUCUACCACACCUGAUAUUGUUUCUGCUAAGCCUUUCAAUCAUUCUACCUGUUGUGGUAUUCUAUAGCCGAAAUAAACCAUUUUCAAUGGUAUUUACUUUAUUCCAUGGAGAAGAUUCAAUAAAAACAUGGGCUAAUUCACUGAACAAUCAACGUCUGGCAAAGGCAAAGCAAUAUUUGGCAACAAUCAAUGAAACUUCAUUGCCUGAAUAUAAUGGAGGACCUGAACUAGCUGUUGUCAUAGUGACCGUCAACAGAACAAAUCAAGAGUACGAUAAAUCUGGAUACAUCUUGCAGACCGUAGCGGCUACUCAUAAAAUGUUUGUUCAGGAUAAAAUCUUUCCAAAUAAAGUAAUGAUGAUAUGUAACGUAGAUGUGUUUCCUGAGAAUUACACCGAAGUUGUCAAAUUAAAAUCCAGCAUUCCAGUAAUUCAAAGAUAUGGGUUGUCUUCUUUGCCAAUUACAUAUAAUUUUGAGCGAAGGUUUUUAUACGGUACUAAAAUUUAUCUGAACAAUUACUACAAAGAAACAGUUGAUUAUAUGUUCUGUUUAGAAGCCGCACAUUCUCUGCGCCCAAAAUAUGUGCUGAUGAUUGAAGACGAUUCAAUGCCAAGGUCAAAUGCUUUAGAAAUUAUUCAUCAUAAAUUACAAUAUUUGAAAAGGAAAUCUAUGACUUCUCUGCAAGAAGAAUUUGCUUACAUAAAACUGUUUUACCCUCCAAAAUGGCAAGGGUAUGGUUUUGAAUUGACAAGAUUAUCAGAAAUAUUAUGUAUAGGAUGCAUAGGGGGCAGCACUUUAGUUGCUAUCAAUUUCAUGACGUGUAAAUCUAGAUCUAAUUUUAUACGAGAUGCAUAUUUUUUAUAUGGUGUUUGGUUAUUUGUAUUGGUAGUGUUAACAAUAGGCAGACAAAAUGUAAUGGAAUUUUUCAGUUCAUCUAAACAUUUUUACACUUUGAGACCUUCCCCUGGCUGCUGUACACCAGCCAUGUUGUUUUCUAGUCAAUUCAUACCUGAAGUGAUCAAUUUUCUUGAAAGCAAUUACAAAGAUUUGCAUACAGAUUUGGCUCUCCAUACUUUUAUUAAACAAACUGGUAUUCCUGCAUAUCAAAUUGAACCAAAUUUGUUUCAUCAUAUUGGGAUGUACACAUCAUUAUCAUCAAACACACACAAAAGUGCAGAAGAAUUUAUAUUUGAUGAUUCUUAAUGACUAAUGAAAUAGAAAAUUCAAAAAGCUAAAAAUUAUAUUAUCUUUUAUAUAUUAUAAAUAACUAGCUGGAGAAGAAUUUAUAUUUGACGAUUCUUAAUGAAUAGUGUUAGAGAAAUCAUUUGAAUCAUUGCAAAUAGCUUACAAAGUGAUAU